AGCAGCUCUGUACACAGUCGCGCAGUAGUAGUACAUUCUUGAAAACAGGUACAGGCCCAAUUUUUUCACGAUGCAUUUCUCUCCUUUAUUGUUUCUUCUCUUUAGGAACCGAUACCUACCUCAUUGUGAGUGUGAUAAGCGUUGACCUACACAGCCCAAUCAAUUUCACAAUCAAUAACUUCUCUUUCUUAAAACAAUCUUUUGCGCUUCAGAUUUCGCACCCUCUACCAACGACACAGGCCAAACGCAGCCUAAACGCAGCCAAUUUAGCGUCUUUAUAACUCCCUACGAAUGAAAUAAGCUUUCGGACUUGCUCCUGGCGACAAGUCAUUAUACAAACUAUUCAACAACCUAUCCCCCUGGACUAAACAACAGGCUUGAGGGCGUCCUCCUACACAAUGCUUCUUACGGCUGCCCUCCUCGCUGCUAGUGCACUUUCCCUCACUACGGCUGCUCCUCUUACGAAGAUCCGGUCAACCUUGACGGCGGAUACCAUCAUAGCCAUCGCACCUUUAACGGCGAGUUGUGUCAACGCACCUGCAGAUGCUCCUGGCGAAUGUCGGACUGCGGCACAAGCGGCAGGCCCUAUUGCGAAAUCAUUCACUAAGUACGGCAUUGACAGCGCCGGCGAACAAGCGGCCUUGAUUGCCCUAAUGCUAUUCGAAAGCGGCAACUUCAAGUACAACAAGAACCACUACCCUGCCCCUGGUAGACCUGGGCAAGGUACGAGAAAUAUGCAACUUCCGGGGUUGAACCUACAGUAUGCAGCAUCGCUGUUCGGCGCUGCAACGGUCCAGGAGGCGGGCGAUGCAACAGCUGUUCUUAACUUGGUCGGCGGAGAUGAUGAGAGCUUCGGUUCAGCAGCAUGGUUCUUGAAAACCCAAUGUUCACAGACUAUCAGGGAAGGUCUUGCAUCUAAGGCCGAUCCUCUUACGGGAUGGCAAAAUUACUUGACUGGAUGUGUUGGAACAACCCUCGACCCUCAAAGGACAGAGAUCUGGACCACGACCCGCCAAUUUAUCUAGGGAAGCUACCCAGUGCAGUGUCUAUAUUGUACAAUACAUGUUUGUGAUAUACAAAUAAACUUGUUUUGUUACUGCUAUUGGCGUUU